GUCAUCGUUGACAAUCCCGCGCAUGGUGCGUUUGUUUACAUGGCUUCUUUAUUUUUGCGAAAGCGCUAGCCCGCAGCCAGCACCACACAUCGAUUAGUAUUGUGGGAAAAAAUCCUCCUUGCGAAUUACAAUUGUGCUACUGUGCCCGCAACAUCAAAUAUACUACCCAAAUAGCGAUAGACUCUUUAUUCGUUUACCCUAACUUUUAACGCAACGACGUCCCAAACCCCCACCGACAAUCCAAUGCGGUUGGAACAGCGUGGAACAGUUGUUUCGGCGAACACACGGCACGAACACGUAACGGCGAGAACGAGUAAUAAUACUUACGUAGCAGAGCAUGGCUCGCACUAGGGCGGGCAAGAAGCAGCAAUCAAACGGGCCUGCUCAACCUCGCCGUAGCACCAAAAAGGAGAAACCUACCACAUUCAAAGCUAAACGGAGACCUAAAAAGAAACCGACGAACCAGCUGGCACAGACCUUCGCAAGCAUGGAUACCCGGCAGGCAAACAUGAGCCCUGGCAAGAUGUCGAAAGCGAUGAAACGAAGCUCGAAGGAAAAUUUGCGCCGGUUGAGUGCUGUUGUGGAAAAACGUCGCAAGCAGCAAGAUGCAGUAGUGCAGCUCCAAAACAUGCCAGUCGCUGUCAACCCACAGAACGGGGGUAUCAAAGAGAAUAAUCAACGAAAAUCGGCCCCCGAUACGAUCGUGAUUGAGGAUUCGGAUGAAGAAAGUGAGCCGACGAGUGGUACGGGUGGUGAUGCAGUGGAAAAUGCUUCCACUGAUCCUUUGUUUUACGUCGAUCGUAACCCUGGUAUACGGGAGGAAGAUGUUCCACUGUACGUCGUCGGUACCGAUGUGGAACAAUCAGCAUCAACGAAGGAUGGUGAACCAAAACAACAACCGUCGUCUGGCAGUAUCGAACCGGACCACCGCCGGUCUGCCACGAUCGAACCGAACGAAUGUAGUGUGAUUGUGCUAGACAGCACGUUCGAUCAAACGAUGAACAACAGCAUGAAGGACAUGAAGAUCAACGCUGCUGAAUGUGCAGCACCAAUAACGGUGGGCACUGCCGAACCGUGCCCGAGUUCAAGCAGUAACAGUACCAAUACCAGUGCCACUAAAGUACAGACGAAGAAGAAGAUCCGUUCCAACAGUCAAGCUGCCGAAACGAUCGUUACUGAUGUGAUCGAUUUGAGCGACUAUCCCGAUACGGAGCAGCAACCUUCUUGCUCGUCAUAUGCUGCUAGCAACACCAAAACGCCAGCCUUUCCCACGCUGGAUCGUAUCCCGCUCGGGUACAGUGCGUCUAACGCUGCUCGAGUGAAACCCAAACGUCCUCCACAGAAGCCACACACAAAUGGCAGUGGUAGUGGUAGUGGUGGUGGUAAAGGUGGUGGUGGUGGUGGUGGAGGUGGGGGUGGUGGUAGUGGUAGUGGUAGUGGUAAAGGUGGUGGAGGAGGUGGAAAAGCCACGAAUACGAACGAUGUGGUUAUUGGGUCGGCUCUUCAUGUAGAAAAGAAGAUGAAGCGGAUGGUGAUCAUCGAUGGAAAUAAUGUCGCGUAUGGCCAUCUCAAUGGGAAGAUGUUCUCGGUCAAGGGGUUAGAGCUGUGUAUAAAUUACUUUAAAAAGCUCGGCUUCGAGGUGACCGCCGUAGUGCCUCAGUUUAAAUUAAAAAGGUAUCAAAGUACGGACCAGGCAUUGCUAGAACAGAUGCAUCGAAAUGGCGAUGUAACGCUGGCCCCGUGCAAAAGUCUUCCCGGCCAGUGCUCUUCAUCGUACGAUGAUCGAUUAAUACUAUCAAUCGCUGAACAGUUUGAUGGUGUGAUCAUAUCGAACGAUAAUUUUCGUGAUCUUCUUGACAUUUCUCCAGAAUGGCGACGCAUUAUCGAAACGCGUGUCGUCGGUUACUCGUGGGUAAAAGACUGCUUCUUCCUGCCGGACGAUCCGUACGGACGGUACGGUCCUACGCUGCAACAGAUACUGUAUCGCACAUCGCAUUAGAAGAUCUCGCGAGCGUUUUUUUUUUUUUUUUUUUUUUUUUGAUAAACCAUAAAACUGUGCACUGUUUUCUGUUGGUACAGUGGGAAAAACA